AUGGCAAAAUGGCAGAUGAUUCUUUCGGAAUUUGACAUUAUUUUUACUACACAAAAGGCAAUCAAGGGCCAGGCUGUGGCAGACCAUUUGGCUGAAAAUCCACUGAAAGAUGAUUAUCAACCGCUUCACACUUAUUUUCCGGAUGAGGAGGCCCUGUUCGUGGGUAUAGCAGAAGAUAUGAAUGAUCAAUGCCCGGAGUGGAGAUUGUUCUUUGACGGCGCAUCAAAUUCCUUCGGGGCCGGUAUUGGGGCUGUUCUAGUAUCGCCUGAAGGAAAGCAUUACCCUGGUUCGGCCAAACUCCGAUUUUUCUGUACUAACAAUAUGGCUGAAUAUGAAGCUUGCAUUUUUGGGUUAAAAAUGGCGUUAGAAAUGGAGAUUAGGGAUUUACUAGUGUUCAGCGAUUCAGAUUUGCUUGUACAUCAGACUCUCAAGGAGUGGAUCACUCGGGAUUCAAAAAUCUUGCCUUAUCAUUGCAACUUACUGGAGUUAGCAAAUAAAUUUAGGAGUUUGGAGUUUCGGCAUAUUCCCCGUGUCAGAAAUGUCUUUGCCGAUGCACUUGCCACCUUAUCUUCGAUGAUUCAACAUCCAGACGAGUUGGUAAUUGAACCCAUCCAGAUUCAUCUACAAGAAAAACCUGCUCACUGCUUAGUUGUGGAAAAGUCUUUCGAUGGCCGUCCCUGGUACAAUGAUAUCAAGGAAUUUCUCAAAACGGGAUCCUAUCCUCCUGGGGCCGAUACAACUACUAAAAGCUUCUUGCGCAGAUUGUCUUCCAAAUUUUUCCUAAACGGAGAGGUGGUAUACAAAAGAACGUCAGAUUUGGGCCUUUUGAGGUGUGCUGAUGAGGACGAAGCAGAAUACCUGAUGAAAGAAGUACAUAGUGGAGUAUGUGGAUCACAUAUGAAUGGCCACUUAUUAGCAAAGAAGAUCAUGAGGACCGGACACUUUUGGCUUACUAUGGAGCAUGAUUGUGUAGUUUUUGUUAGGAAAUGCAUCAAGUGUCAAUUGCAUGGAGAUGUUAUACGCACUCCCCCCACAGAAUUACACAGUAUGACUGCUCUCUGGCCAUGUUCAAUGUGGGGCAUGGAUGUGAUUGGAACCAUUGACCCUCCCGCUUCAAAUGGGCAUCGAUUUAUUCUAGUGGCAAUUGAAUACUUCACCAAGUGGGUUGAAGCUGAAUCUUAUAAGCAUGUGACUAAGAAGGUGGUGACGGACUUUCUAAGGAAGCAUAUCAUUUGUCGUUUUGGAGUGCCGGAGACAUUAAUCACUGAUAAUGCCAAAAAUCUCAACAAUAACAUGGUGGAUGGUUUGUGCGAACAGUUCAAAAUCAAGCAUCGAAACUCCUCUAAUUAUAGGCCACAGAUGAAUGGAGCAGUAGAGGCUGUAAAUAAGAACUUGAAGAAAAUAAUCUGUAAGAUGAUUGAGAGACACCGUGAUUGA